UGAUGAUGAUGUGGCAACAAAGGUUGGAGAGGGUGAUGAAAUGGACGACUUCAUGUUGGACCGGGGAGAGUUGGGCAUGAUAUACCGUGCUUUGGGCUGGAAGGGGCCUACUAAGGAUAGGAUUAUUGGAAAGGAUGGCGUGGUUGAAGAAGAUGAGAUUGCGAGACAGCUGGACGAGGUGCAGAGGAUUAGGAGAAGGACUAUGGAGUGGGCGGCGAACGGGGAUGAGAGGAGAAAGGAGCGGAAGUUGAGAGAGAUGAAGAAGAUGGAGGAGAAGAAGGAAGAAGUGGAGGCCAGGGAGGAGAGAAAGCUUCGGCGGGUGGAGAAGAGGCGGAAGAGAAGAAGAGAAGCGGAGAAGGAGUUGAGGAGAGCGAAUCGUCAAAUCGAGAAAGACAAAAAGGAAAUGAGGCAGAAAAGACGGGAUAUAACGAAGCGCAGGAAGAAAGCGAUGGAGGAAGCGGACCCGACAGAGUACGAGAUCGAGGAAGACAGUGACAACGAGAGUGCCGAGGAGGACAGUGACAACGAGAUCGCCGAAAAGGAUGCAAACAAGAAGAUCAACAAGAAGGAUGACAAGAAAAACGCCAAGGCACAGAGAAUUGAGAUGAUCCAGAAACUCGAGAAAGUCGAGGAAGAGAAAGCAAAACCUAGCCUGGAGGUAUCAUACAACCAAGUACCUGGGAGUGCAAAGGAUCAGCGCACAAGAAAGCCGGAAACCACCAGACCGCUGGUGGAGGGGUGCUCGCCACUGCCUUGUGCUUCGCCACAAUCCAGCAGCGGAGUAACUCGAGGUAGCGAACCCAAGAAAAAGCAAAGACGUGUCUCGUGGGCGUCCCCUGUCCUGACUCGGGUCAAGAUAAUCGAGGCCAGAGAAGUCCCGGAGCCAAAGGAAGGCCAAAGCAAAAGCGAGUACAGGCCUCCCUUUGUUUCGGAGGACGGCGGCCGUGAGAGGUCCGUAACCGAAACCCCUUCCCAAAGAAGACGCUCAAAUCCACCUUCGCUUACGGUUGAGCCCCCUUUGAGUCCUCGGAGUCCGGUUCUUUCCGAGAAAGAGCCGUGGAUUCCAUCUUCACUGACGGUCGAACCACCUUUAAGUCCUCGGAGCCCUUCCUUUAUUCAAAACAAACCCGCGAGUCCAUCCUCUCUCGUCGUUGAACCACCUUCAAGUCCUCGAAGCCUUUCCCCUCUCCAAGAAGGAUGCUCAAGUCAACCCUCACUUACUGUCGAGCCUCCGUCAAGUCCUCCGAAUCCACUCCCUCAUCGGAAAGACAAAGAGCCCUCGAGAUACUCCUCAGUAACUGUUGAGCCACCUUCGAGUCCUCGAAGCCCUCUUCUUCAGGUAUGGAAGUCCUUUUCGCCAUUCCUAGCCUCUCCGGCCCCAAAACAUAGCCUGGAUCAACAUGGAACGCAGACCCGCGCAGAAGAAGUCCUUUCGGCGUCGCUGAAACGACAUGGAGCAAUCAAAGUCAGGAACACACCAUCUGGCAGAAUCUGCAUACCAAAUGGAAGGAAGGACCAUCAAACGUUCAAUAGCCAGCAGAGGCCAUCGGCAGCACGCAAUCACAAGUCGCAGCCGACUUUCGGGGCCAAGACCAAUUCGCCCAGAUUAGCUCAGCCCAUACCUAUCCGACCACAAACCGUCGUAUCCUUCAAGGAGCGACUAGCCUUCUUUGAGAGCCAACUAGCCCCGCGAGGUUCCUCGUCAACAGCUUCCUUCCACACAGCAAGGACGCACCAGCCCAAGUCUGGAAGUGGCGGUAUCCCGUCAGAUACGUCAUCGACCCCGUCGUCGUCGUCGUCGUCGUCGUCGUUCUUUACUGCUAGAACCCAUCAGAGCGACAGCGACACGAGCCCAGAGGGAGGUGCUUCAACAGUCUCGUCUUCUUUGAGCAGCACAAAGGCGCAAUACUUGCGGAGUGCCUACUCGGAACGAUGGGACGAAUUCCUCGCGCACAGUUCGUUGGGUCUGCCGUCGAAGUACACGGGGCCGGGAAUCAGGUAUCGCUUUUGUGGAUGUUCGAGCUGUGUAUGGGCGAAGACGAGCGAGUGGAAGAGGGGUGAGUAG